UCUAAAAAACCUCAACUAAUUAUAACGACAAAAUCUCCAAUCAAAUUUUGAUUAUAAAUAGAAAGUUACCGCAUAACAUCUCUGCAAAUCACUCUCCUCUUUUCGUCGUCUCUUCGAUGGAGCGUAUGCUGGUCUUGCCUUCGGGUGUUGAAAUUAGACUGGAAGACGGCAUUCAGCAUGACGUGGCGACGACGAUGACGCACCUGUCGGUGCACUUCGACUGUGUCACGAUGGCCACCGCAACGUCUACCGACUACAACUUUUACUUCAGCACGCCCUUCUCCAGCAUUCUGCACGAAUCAAGAUGGGAGCGGGAGCGCGAGGUUCGACGCAUGAUGGUUCAUGUCGCCGGCAACCUCGUCCAUCCUCACGACCUCCACUUUCUCACCCGCACCUUCUGCGACUACAGUCAGGACGCGCUCCGAAGCUUCUACGAGCAAGGCGGCAGCGGCGGUGAUCUCUUGUACAUCCAUGUAUUGCUCCAGAUCCCCGAAGCUGCCGCCAGCGGCCCCUACCACCCUCCGCCGAUACCUCAUCUUCCUCACGCAGUCGUGGAGCCGCAACUGCAAUUUCAUCCCCCCGACAUUGCCAUCGAUCCGUACAAUCUUCUGGCGCGAGCAUAUCUCCCUAACGCCACUGCUACCGCCGACCCCUACGAUCCUCUGUCACAACCUCAUAUUCUUCAUGGAGACGUUGGUCUGACCAAUCAUUUUCACGACAUUGAUAUGUACAAUCUUCAUCAAGUGCAAGCAUAUCUCCCCAACACCACCAUCGCCGGAGGCCCCUACAACCCUCCGCUACCACCUCAUCUUCCUCACGCAGUCUUCCCGUCUCUACAGCAACCUCAUCUUUCCGACAUUUCCAUCGAUUCAUACGAUCUUUGGGUGCAAGUAGUUCUCGCUGCCCCUCCACCAGAGCCUCAUGAUGAACCAUCGCAACCACAACCUCAUCUUCCCGACAUUGCCGUCGAUCUAGAUGAUCAUCUGAUGCAAGUGCCUUUCCCCGAGUUUAUUCUGUCACCACUUAAUGCAGCAGAGCAUUUGGGGAACAAUCCAACGUCGGCCUCAGUAGUGUGGCAGCUCGAAAGAGUCACCUUCGGGGAGGCGACCAACGGCCAUUGCCGAGAAACUUCCUGUGCCAUCUGCAUCGACGAUUUCGAGGCGACCUCAGUGCUAUCAGUGAUGCCGUGCGGCCACAGCUUCCACUCUGCUUGCCUCGACGAAUGGCUCGUGCGAAGCAAUGCGUGCCCUCUCUGCCGGUUUUCCCUUCCCGCCGUCAACUAG